GCUCCAGCGCAAACUCCCGGAUUUCGUGGUUUAUCGAAAGAAAAAAAUCAGUAAAGAUGCAUCUUAUGUACACGUUGGAUGAGGAGGGAAAGAGGGUCUACACCCUGAAGAAGGUUACUCCCGCCGGAGAGGUCACCAAGAGCGCUCACCCUGCCCGCUUUUCGCCCGAUGACAAGUAUUCUCGCCAACGUGUGACACUGAAGAAGAGAUACGGCCUCCUGCUCACCCAGCAACCCGACAAGGAAUCUGCGCAGUUGUAAAUUGAAGUCGAGAGCUGGCUGGGAUAAUAUACCAAAAGAUGUGAUCGAAUCAUUUAAUGGCGAAUGGUGUUAUAUCUGGAUUUGAAUGAUAUAAAUUUAUUUUGCUUUUCUCUACCAUUCCCCAAGCCCUUGCACCAUCAAGGCGCUCCCUUGGAUUAACAGUAUACUGCUACCGUAUUGAAUGGAUGGAUAGGCAGGGCAUGUUUCAAAAAAUCAACGGAUAUG